AUGAAUUCAACGUCACAUCGCCGUUCUGUCGAGAAGGAAGUACGUAACUCAACAACCCUCACACGCAAUGAUCCACCUGAACCAACAGCAAGUCCACGAUGCAGUUUCUUUCGAUGUAAACGUAUGUCUGAUAGAGGUUCUAAACUCUCUGUGACUUCAGCUAAAAGUCGUUCGUCAUCAAGUAGUAGUGAUAGUACUUCUCGUCAACCAUCACUUCCCCAUACAAUUACAGAGCGACACGGCGGUCAAGAAUUAUGGGUGAAAGCACCUGUUGUUUCUGGCUCGCUGGAAAAGCGUGGCUUUCGUUGGCGUAAGAAAUGGAAAUUACGCUUUCUUGAAUUAGAUGGACGACAAUUGGUGUACUAUGAAGAUUCUGGGGGAUUCAGUGCUACUACAGCGACUACUAGUGGUACAAGAAAGAAUCGAAAAGCCAAGAAGAAAGUGAUGCUCACAGCUGAUGCAAAACUUGAGGAAGUUGACGAAACAACAAUAAGUAUUAUACCAGCGUUGAAUGAACAGCCGUGGUUGCUUCGUGCAAAAGAUGCUGCUACAAAACAACGUUGGCUUAUUGCUCUUUCAGAUUGUAUUGACAUUGUUGUGUGGUUACAACACUAUAAACUAGGAGAAGUUGUGGGAGUUGGAGGCAAUGGAGUCGUACAAAAACUUGAGGAUGAACGGGAUGGUACAAUAUAUGCCAUGAAAAUUUUGGAUGUCGCUAAAUUUCGUCAUCGAGAACAAGUUGUGGCUGAAGUGGACAUUAUGCGCAAUAUAACGAAUAACAUUAAACAUCCGAAUCUUGUCAAGAUUCAUAAAGUUUAUGAAGAGCAGAGAAAAGUUUAUAUUAUCCAAGAAAUGUGUAACGGCGGCGAAUUGUACGAUCGGGUCGUCCAGCGUGGCAAAUACUCAGAGACUGAUGCGGCCAACAUUAUGCAUCAACUCGUCUCGGCGUUGCAUGCCCUACAUUCGCAUAACAUUCUUCAUCUUGACAUCAAACCCGAGAAUAUUCUCUUUGCGAGUAAAGAUCCUGACUCCAAGAUUCUUCUCACAGACUUUGGACUUGCACGAAUGAUUAAUGGCAAGCAAAAUCCUUUGGAUCAAGGACAAUCAAUGGCUGGUACAAUUGGUUAUAUGGCCCCCGAAGUCAUUUCAUCGCACGCAUACAGCGAAGCCGCCGAUGUGUUUAGUGCCGGUGUUAUCCUUUUUAUUCUUUUAGUAGGGUAUCCACCGUUCUAUGGCGAUUCGGAAGUUGAGAUUCUACUUAAGGUUGCUCGAGGAGAUUUCACGUUUGACCCGCACGAUUGGCGUCACAUUACCGAGUCGGUCAAGGAACUCGUGGCUCGAAUGUUGGAAGUGCAUGCUCAAAAUCGAAUUACACUUGAUGAAGUGUUAGCGCAUCCGUGGAUCACGCGAUCUGGUGUUGGUAGUGGCGACAACGACAUAAAGGAGCGAGACCUUACUUCCAGCAUGAUGACGAGACUCCAACGAUUUAAUAUUGAUCGCAAGUCGAAGAAUAUGGGCACAAUGGCCUUAAUGCUUCUUGAUGUUGAUGAAGCUGAUUUUCAUGCUCUUAUGGAUGAAAAGGCGAUUCAAGUAAUGCUCCAAAAACUUUCAGUUGAAGGCCAUGACCGCCUUCCACUAGAAAAAGCAUCCGUUAUUUUCAAGGGACUUGGUCUGUCACCUUAUAUCGAUGAAGUGUUGUUCGUGCAGUUUCUAGACCGGGAUCAUGAUGGGUAUAUCAAUGCCUGUGACUUUUGUGAAGGCAUUCGUGCCUUGCGAAAUUAUGACCCGUCGUUCGCAGCGAUGGUGUUCUCGGCUAUUCAGAAGAUUUACUCGCUUGAGGACAAAAGUGCUGAACGUGAACAAAUUAAUGAGACGGCAGUGCUCACGCGUGAUCAUUUUCGUGUCGCGUUUAGUAAACUUAAUUGUCCGGGCCCGCUCAUUGAAGUAUUUUUCAAGCACGUUGACGAGCAGCAUCAUGUCGAAGCAUCCGACAACUUAACAACGUCUUGGUCGGUGAAUGAAGCCGAGUUCGCGACACUGUUCUCCAACUUUUCUUUUCUUGGCAUGCUGUUUUUAAGGACAUGCCAUGCCAGUGUUAUGUCGAUGGUCAAGUCAAACAGUGGUCCUGCCAUGCAGCGUACCUCUGAGGUAUCAGUUACCCAACCAUAA